AUGGCACCAGGAAUUUCUCCUCCCUACUCCCCGCCACAUCCCGGGAGUGUGACCUCCACCAGACGGUACAGUCCCGAUGCAACCCUCAUACUGGUCGGAUUUGUCGGGGCGGGCAAGAAGACGCUGGGGAUCAUCGCCUCUGUCGCACUCCGCCGUCGCUUAAUUGACUUUGAUACCGUGUUCCGUCAAGAAACACAGAUUUCGCCUCAGGAGUACAUCGCACAGCAUGGUUCAACGCUUUAUCGAGAACUAGAAUUGAAGCUGAUUCAACGACUCCUGGAACAACAUCAUGUCGGCUGUGUGAUUGUUGGUCUGGGAUGGCUGGCCACCCGCCAACAGCAAGAGCUACUAAGCACAUUCGCCCAGGAGCACCCUGUCGUAUAUGUCAGGAGAGAUCGGUCGGAUCUGCAACGAACUAUCAACAUCAAUCAAGAAAAGUUCCAUCAUCUUUUCGCAGUGGGGAACGCAUUUUUCGAGGCCUGCUCUAACCUUGAUUUUUACAAUCUGACCCAAAGUGCUGCAGGUGGUGAUGGCAUUCCAGAAGCUGUUCAUAUGCGACUUAGGAAGGCCGGAAGAGUUUUCAUUGCCUUCCUCGAACGCAUUUACGGUCGAGCCACCUGCAGUGUGUACUCAGCCAACCCAUUUAUCAAUGCUUUUACGCAUGCUUUGCAGAUUCCUAUUAGCUGGCUAGAGGAGUCUAAUCCGGACUACGCACAGCUGGACUGUGGGGCAGAUGCCUUAACCAUCUUAAUCGACACUUAUCCCAGACACAGAACCACGGAGCUAGCUGAGAGCUUAGCACAGCACAUGGCUACUGUCCGAAUGUAUGCAAGAGUUCCGGUCUUCGUGGAGAUCGCAGAUGCACAUCAACUUGAGCCUGUGGAGUAUCACAACCUCCUGAAACAACUUCUCAGACUAGUACCAGAUGCUCUCGCAUGCUCCCUUGGCAGCUCUCCGGAACAUUUGCGAACUAUAAUCGACACGAAAGGCUACGUCAAGGCAAUUGCUACCUAUCACAUAUCGGGCCCAUUGUCAUUGCAGAGGUUAACGGGUGUUUCUUCGAAACUCAAGAAAGCUGAAGAGUUCGGCUUCGACGUUCUACGUAUUACUGGGGAGUCAACAGUUGAGGUUGAUAACCUGGCUUGUAACGCACUACGUCAAAGUCUAGCCAACGUGGCUAAAAUCCCAAUAAUUGCCUACCACAAGGGAAAUUUAGGCAGAGCAAGUGUUUACUUGAACCCCAUUCUAUCACCCGUGAUGCUCCCCCACAUGCAAGGCGAGGGAAUCUCGCUGCAGUCCGCCGAACAGGCUCUCACAGCUUGUUACUUGAGGCCCAGAAAGCGGUUCACGAUAUUUGGCCAAAACGUGGCGCAAAGCCUCUCUCCAGCAAUGCAUAAUGCCGCCUACGCUGCUUGUGGUCUGCCACAUCAGUAUGGUAGCGUGCAGUCUGGAGUCUUCGAUGAGGUUAUCCAUCUUCUCGCCGAUGCCAACCAUGGUGGUGUCGCAAUCUCACUACCGUACAAAACCGAAGUCCUUCUUCAUCUGGAUGAAAUAAGCCGAGAGGCAAGGGACAUUCACGCUGUGAAUACUGUGGUCCUGGAACAGAGCGUCUCAGAGACUGGACAGCCCAGCAGAAAGCUCAAAGGAUACAAUACAGACUAUAUUGGUAUCAUGGCUGGAAUCGACAAGAACCUGUCCCCAGCCAAUGCCAUUCGUGCCGGUACAUCGGCCUUGAUUAUUGGGGCCGGCGGUAUGGCCCGUGCCGCGAUCUAUGCUUGCCUGCAGCUGGGUGUGCAGCAUAUCUGCCUUUACAACAGGACAGUUUCUAACGCAGAGAGGCUUGCGGAGUAUUAUCGUGACUGGGCUGCGUUGUCGGAGUCGGCUGCUCGCCUUCGUAUUGGGGUUUUAUGUUCAGCGAAUGAGCCUUGGCCCCGACAUCUGCGACAGCCUACUAUCGUCGUGUCUUGCUUACCUGCUCUCGAGAUUGGCAGUCAAUCGCCCGUAACUCUGCGGUUACCUGAGCAGUGGCUCCAGAGUAGCACGGGCGGAGUCUUUGUGGAUGUUGCGUACGGGAAGCAUCAAACGGUGCUACGGACAUCAAUGAACGACAGGGCCUCGAAAGGAUGGGUGGUCGUUGAUGGCUUAGUGGUUCUGCUGGAACAGGGCGUCGCUCAGUAUGAGCUUUUCACCAAACGACCGGCACCGGUACAUGUUAUGAGGCGCACCAUACAACAACAGUCACAAGGUUUCUAUCCAACUUCGCCCGGUAUUUCGACAUGA